AUGAAGAUUCUGGCACUUCACCCAUGGGGCACUUCGGGGGCCAUCUUUGAGAGACAAAUGGCGGGCUUGGCAGCUCUGCUGGGCAGUAAUCACGAAUUCGUGUACAUCAAUGGCCCUGUCCCUUGUGUGGGUGCUCGGGCGUACGGGGUUGACGUGCUGACCGGGUCGUUGCUAGAUCUCCCCGACUUUGUGAAGGGGCCAUUCUUCUGCUGGUAUGAGGGUCUGUCCUCGCCCCAGUGCCAGGAGGCCCACGAUCUGAUUCUCGAGACAAUCGAGGACGAGGGCCCCUUCGAUGGCGUUGUGGGUUUCAGCCAGGGUGCAUCCCUGGCUCUUUCGAUCUUGUUGCACGACGAGAUCAACCGCCCUGGACAACCGCCUCGCUUCAAAUUCGGGGUCUUUCUCUGUUCUAACCUCGUCAUCUCACCCGAUGCCCAGUUCAAUGCCGAUGCGGUUCACAAAUACAGCCGUUACUACAAGAAGCCGGAAAGCGAGCCAAACCAAGUGACCAACGGUGCCAAUGGUGUCGGUGAUGACGAGGUUGCCGAAGUCCCGGAAAUGAAUGGCAAGAGCAAUGGCAAACCACAAAAGUCCAAGAAGCCGAAGUCGGCUCCAAAGCAUCGUGCGUUGCUCGUGCUCCCUAGCCAGAGAGUAGCAUUGGUCGAUGAGCUUGUCAAUCUUGUGCAGGAUAUCUCACGUCACACGCCGGGCCAGACAGACGGCGUGAGCCACGCAUGGAAGGACAAUGGGACGGAAGAUGAUUUCCCGCGAUUAUUCCAUCCCUUGACGGUCAAGGAACGAGUAUCGAUCCCGACGGUUCAUGUCAUUGCCCGGGCCGAUCCUCUUUGUCGCCAGGGCGAGAUAGCUGUGAAACUCUGCGAGAAGAAGAGGACAAAGGUCGUGCAGCUCAAUGGUGGACAUCGCAUGCCCACCACGCCCGUUGACUUGAAGGCCGUCGCAUCGGCAAUAGAAUGGGCUAUACAGCAUUCGUGA